AUGGAGCAGCUCUCCCCCGCCGCUCUGCUGCUGCCUCUGUCUCACGUCUGCUUCCUCUGGAGCUUCCUGGACGCGGCUCGCGCUCCAGAGGAUGCGGGCGCCGACGCGCUGCGGCGCGGGUUGAGCUGGCGGCACAACGGGCAGGUCUUCAGCCUCCUGAGCCGCGGAGCCCAGUACCGGCCCCCCGGCAGGAGGAUCGGGUCGCCCCGCCAAGGUAACCCGGUGGUCGUCCUCAGCAGCGCCAACGACACGGUCCCGGUGGAGUCCCCGGGCUCCCCGUCGUCCCCGGAUUCCCCGCGGGUUCCCGCCGCCAGCGACACUGCGCAAUUGCGCGCGGAGAUGCGUCGGCAGCCGGCGCCCGGUACCCGGGGGGCCUCUGGCCCAGUGAGACGGGAGGACAUGAUGGUCGGGGACGACCCUUACAACCCGUACAAGGCGUCCAACUACUACCCCUGGUACAACUACUACAACUCGUACUACAGACCCAGGUCCUGGGCUCAGCCACGGCACGGAUACGGGACCAGGUACCACCAGCACGGUCUCCCUGACCUGGUUCCUGAUGCGUACUACAUCCAGAUCGCCUCCUACAUCCAGAGGCUGCCGAUGUACAGCCUCCGCUGUGCUGCUGAGGAGAACUGCCUAUCCUCCUCCUCCUCCUCCUCCCAGGACUAUGACCUCAGGGUUCUCCUGCGGUUCCCCCAGCGGGUGAAGAACCAGGGAACCGCUGACUUCCUGUCCAGUAAACCUCGAUACUCCUGGGAGUGGCACAGCUGCCACAAUCACUUCCACAGCAUGGAUGAGUUCAGUCUGUACGAGCUGCUGGACGCAGACUCACAGAAACGAGUGGCUGAAGGUCACAAGGCCAGUUUCUGUCUGGAGGACACGUCAUGUGACCCGGGGAUCCAGAGGCGCUACGCAUGCACCGCCCACACACAGGGUCUGAGUCCGGGUUGCUAUGAUACCUACAACGCCGACAUCGACUGUCAGUGGAUCGACAUCACUGACGUCUCACCUGGAAAAUACGUACUGAAGGUGACGGUGAACCCUCGUCAGCUGGUCCAGGAGUCCAGCUACAGCAACAACGUGGCCCGGUGUGACGUGCAGUACACCGGCAGCGCCGCCCACAUGUCCGGCUGCACCACCGCGGCCCAGUGAGUUGAAUCCUGAUGGAAAACCAGCAGGAACGGAGUGAAUGCUGCAGAAGAAUGAAGCUUAAAGUUACAGGUGAAGGGAGGUGAUGCUGUAAGAGAAAUGCCUGAAGACGAGUGUUUCAAUCCAAGCUGAGCCUCAGGUAUUAAAGUCCGAGUUCAAGAACCAGCAAAUGUUGCACCAGUUAUUUGUAAAUCUGUCACCAUGUUUGUCUUUCAACUUAACUUAACUUAACUUGGGACAGGGAUGUCUAUGUGUACAGAUUGUAAAGCACUCCGAGACAAAUUUGUAAUUUGUGAAAUUGGGCUAUACAAAUAAACUGAAUUGAAUUGAAUUGAACUCAACUCAACUUCUCUGUAUUUGGACCAUUUUUCUCCAUGUUUUCGUGAAAUGUUUAAAAUAUGCAGUUGACUCACUACAAGGGUUAAUGACUCACUAGAAGGGUUAAUGACUCACUAGAAGGGUUAAUGACUCAGUGCAGGGGUUAACUCUUUAUAACAAAGUUGAAACAUUUCAUAACACAGUUGAAACAUUGACAAAGUUGAAACAUUUAAUAACAAAGUUGAAACUCUUUAUAACAAACUUUAAACAUUUUAUAAAAAAUGUAAACAUUUCAUAACAAAGUUGAAACAUUUCAUAACAAAGUUGAAACAUUUUAUAACAAAGUUCAAACUCUUUAUAACAAAGUUCAAACUCUUUAUAACAACGUUGAAACUCUUUAAAACAAAGUUGAAACAUUUUAUAACAAAGCUGAAGUUUUAUUUAGAGAUUUAAAAAAUAUUAUUUAAAUGGAGAAAAAAAAUGAUGACAUUUUUCAUGAUAUAGAGAGAACACACCUUGUGAAAACUAACUGUUGUUGUUAUUACUUUCUGUUCUUACUCUCCUCUAAAAACAAUUUUUUUCAUCAACACAGAAUAACAAUUACAAUGUCUAUGCGGCUCACGUGAUUUUAUUAAUAAAAAAAAUUUAAUUGUAGAAAUUCCAGUUCCUGCUCUAAACUUCCACCGAGGUUUCAUUAUUUCGUAACGAUGUUCUGUGUUAUUAUUAUAACUUUUAUAUUAUUGUUAUUAUUAUUUGUAUUAUUCAUAUCAUUCAUAUUAUUAUUAUUAUUAUUAUUAUUAUUAUUAUUAUUAUAAUAAUUAUAAUAAUUAUAAUUAUAAUAAUUAUUAUUAUUAUGUCUUCUGUUGUAAAUAGUAUCGGACUUACAAACUAACAUGUGCCUUUAUGUUACACGCUGCAUUGUGUAUUUAAGUGUAUGAGGAGUACACAGUGUGUGUACUUGUACAUCUAACCACACAUACCUGCUGGAUAUAGACAUGUUAAUAACCUGCAUUAAUAAAUACCACAUUACAGUUUUUC